AUGGAUAUUAUCUGUGAACUGUCAGAAUUAAUGAUCAAUAUAAGUCUUAAUGCAUCUGAUGCAAGAGUGAAUGUAAAUAUUGCAGGGCUUGUAAAUAAUAUUCUCGUUGUUAGAAAGCAGCUUGACUCAAGCAAGCGUAUGUCUUCAACUUCACAAUCGUGCUCAAGAAAGCAGGGAUCUUCAUUACCCCCUCCAUUGGAAAAAUACUCAAAUUCAACAACAAAUGAAGAUUCAGAUGUUGAGACAGUUGUUAGCCUUCACGAUGACAGGAUCGGUUUGGAUAAUCGGGGCUCCUCUGCCUCUGAAAUGGAGAUGGAGAGGCUAAAAGCAGAUUGCAAGAGAUCUCCUCAUAUGGUUGACCGAUUUAAGAAAAUGUGUGAAGAUUUGCAAGAAUUCAAUGAGGAUGACUUCUUGAAAAGUGGUCAAACAAAAACUUCAGAUCAAGCUGGCAACUAG